AUGUCUGGGGACAGAACCUCCUGGGAUUGUUUACCUGCCGAGAUUCGAAGCGAGAUCAUUGGUCUCCUGCCAGUUCUCGGCGGGAGGUGCAGCCUGCUCGCGACCGUUGCCCGAGAAUGGCAAUCAAUUAUCGAGCCGCUCAACUUUGCCGAGAUCAGACUGACGGUACCGCGCCUUGCCGACCUUAACUCUCAAGCUAUUCUAACUGAAGCAGACGAUUGCAACCAAUGUGCUAACACUGACCGGGACCGUUGGGGCUUGGACGAAAUCGACAACCAAUUCAUCGCGGAUGCGUUUAAAAGCUUGUUCACGACACUCAGCACAUGGGAGCCCCGCGGUGACUUGGUCCUCGAUAUCAGUGUCUACUCGCCCAGUGACAACCAGCACUGGUUCAAGUACCUCAGCUUCUACUCAGACACAAACCUAGGCGAGGGCUCGUUUCGCCGUGGACACGAACAAGGAACGACCCUGAUAAAUGACCCGGCUCAUGGCUGGGUUGCCGGGCAGCAGGUCCUUGCUCCUAAAGAGCUCGCCAUAGAACAGACAUUCGAUGAGAUCAUGGGCGAGGGGCCUUUCGACGACGAGGAACCCGAGAUGCAGUGGUGGCGGGGUCUCCCCGUUGUACCCGUCGUCGGGGUCGUGCUCCUUCGCCAGCAGACCCGCCGACGAUGGAAGCCGGUUGCCCUUGCCAACAUGUUCACGCGGUUCCCUAACAUGAAGGAGCUUUGUUACGAACCCUGGAGGGAGUGGUAUGGAUGGACGCAGCCGCUGACCAACCAGCAUACAGGCACUCAGACGCUGAUCGAAUCUUUUUCCCGGACCAAAUUGUGCAAGCUGACGAUAUUCGAGAACUUCAACGAGUCAUACCCGGAGGGUAUUUCCGACUGUCCCGCUAUCAGGGUGCCGAACCCGGCCGUGAGCUGGAAACUUGCCCGCGCCAGCCUGCACCUCACGACGCUAUCCGCCUCUUUCAUGGCCGACGCCGGACACUUCUUCGCGGCGUGUCAAGAUUCAUGGACGUGGGAGAAGCUCACUUCUCUGGCGUUGACCUCGAGGGUCCUCACCGACAAUGCGGACACCUGGGCCAUCGACAACAUGCUUCGAGAUGCCGCUACCACAGCGCUCAAGAUGCCGAGACUUGAGACGAUGGAGUUAUGGAACGGCAGACGGGGUGUGGCAAUGCUCUUUCGCUACCAGAGGGCUCGAGGUGCGCAGUUGGCCAUCAUCACGGUACGGGGGACGUCGGAGCUUGCUCUAGGGAUUGCGGCCAUGCAAGCCUGGGACGUGGUCGCCCACCGGCAUUGUCAUGGCAGGGUCGUCGUGCAAACCUCUUUGAUCGAUCCAGAUGUGAUCCGAUGCCACGGCGAUGCGAUCCGCCAGCUGGGACUUUCGACUGAGGUCGCUAGGCCUGUCUCGCUGCGGCAAAUCCUCAGCGAGCAUAGGUUUCGGGCGUGA